UCAUUUCAAUUAUUAUGUCCCAAGAGUAAGAUAGAAAACUAAGCGGAUCUUCGCGUCACCUAAAACGCUCUUUAAGAUCUCUCUCUCUCACACACACACAGCCACAAUCAAAACAACAGUGUUAAUUUUGUUCCGGUGCAGUCAGUUAAAAAACUGGAAAUUAAGAGAGAGAAAAGUUGAAGCUCCAUUCUGGGAUAAUCAUCACUCAAUCCGUUCGAACUUCGAACCCUAGAGCUCUUGACCUAGGGUUUAAAUACUCGUAUUACUGAUUGUUGCGAGUUUGACAGUGGGGAAGAAUGGCGAAUCAGCGCGUGGCUGCAGUCACCGCGACUCAGGUUGGCUCGUAUUUCGUUCAGCAGUAUUAUCAGGUUUUUCAGCAGCAGCAGGAUUAUGUGUAUCGGUUUUACACUGAUUCCAGCUCUAUGGUUAGAGUUGAUGGAGAAAUCAUCCAUUCUGCUUCCGAUUUGGCGAAAAUCCAUGAACUAAUCAUGUCGCUGAAUUUUACUGGGAUUGAGAUCAAGACAAUAAAUUCCAUCGAGUCUUGGAAUGGAGGUGUUCUUGUCGUUGUUUCUGGUUUUGUCAAGUCAAGUGAUUUCAGUGCUGGAAGGAAAUUUGUGCAGACCUUUUUCCUUGCUCCUCAAGACAAAGGCUAUUUUGUUCUGAAUGAUAUGUUUCAUUUUGCUGACGAGGAUGUGGCAUACCAAUCUUCAGUACCACUAGCACAAGACAAUGUUGAUUAUCAACCUACUAUUUCUAAUCAUCUUCCUGAUCCACCAGUAUCUGACUAUGCAUUGGAGGAAGAGGCCAUGAAUCAUGUUAACUCCAUUCGUAUUGAAGGAGUUGACCCAACUAACGAAUACAAUUAUCAGGAGCAUUAUCAGCCGGACUUGGAGGCCGAGUCUGAACCCGAGUCUGAGCCCGAUCUUGAGGCUCUAAGACGAGAGGAGGAAAAACCCAUCGAAGAAUCAAUUGCAUUGCUUCAAAGUGCAGUGACUGCCCAUAAAGAAACUCAGCCUUCCACAGAGGAACCUGUUGUAGAACCCAAGAAGUUCACUUAUGCUUCUAUAUUGGCGGUUAAAGGAAAAUCUCCAUCGACAUUCGUUUCUCCACCAGCUUUCUCUCAGAGAGCACCACUUGCUACAGAUUGGACUCAUGUCUCACAGCCUACACCCCAGCAGUCGGACCCAAUUCGAUCAAGUUCUCUUGACCAUGCUGUGGAUGAAGCUUUGUCACUAGAAGGGGAAUCAAAAUCCGUCUAUGUGAAGAACUUGCCUCUUACAGUGACAACUCUUGAUAUUCGGCAGGAGUUUCAGAGUUUUGGUCAAAUCAAGUCUGAUGGAGUCUUCUUGAAGAAUCGCCAGGAGACUGGUAUCUGCUUUGCCUUUGUCGAGUUUGAAGAUCUUCAGAGUGUUCAGAAUGCAAUCAAGGCUUCUCCAAUUGUAAUGGAUGGAAAGAACGUCUACAUUGAGGAGAGACGACCAAACACUGGUGCUUCUCGUGGUGGACGAAGGGGCGGAAGAGGCACUGUAGGUGGAAGGUUUCCUGGGAGGGGAAGUUACCAAAAUGGCGGUGAUCAGAACAGAGCUCGAUCCAACACUUACCGUGGCAUUUGAUGAAAUAACCGUCGUCAAAUAUUUUGGUGUGGGCUCUCUCCCUACUCGUGGAGAUGUUGUUUCAGUUUUUUCGAAGUAGAAGCAAAUUCUGCUUCCGUUUUUUAUUCGGAAUGGAAACUUCUUGUAGAGGAACAUUCCCCAGAGUGUUUUUUAGUUUCUUGCUUUUAACCGACACUGCUCUCAUCCUUACCAAUUUUGAGGAGCAUAUUUAUAAUUUGGAACAAUGACCCAUUACAAGGUUAUUUAUUACUUGGGUUU